AUGGAUAAUGUUUCAGUCAUUAACAUGUUAACUCUGUCGGGGUUAAGCGGAACAGUCAACUACAGAGUCACCCUCUUUGCUCUCACCUUUCUGUGUUACUGUGUGAUCUGUCUGGUGAACGUGACCAUUAUUGUGACCAUCAUCGUGGAUAAAAGCCUUCAUGAACCCAUGUACGUCUUCCUCUGUAACCUGUGCAUCAAUGGACUUUACGGGACUGCCGGUUUUUACCCCAAAUUCCUUUUCGACCUGCUGUCUACCACUCACGUCAUCUCUGUCGCUGGAUGCCUUCUGCAGGGUUUUGUGCUGCACUCUGCGGCUUGUGCUGACUUUUCUCUCCUCGCUCUGAUGUCCUACGACAGAUACGUGGCGAUAUGUCGACCUCUGGUGUAUCACACUGUGAUGACCAAACAGAGAAUCUGCGUCUUGGUGUUUCUGGCGUGGCUUGUUCCCUUUUACUUGCUGUUCAUGAGCACGAUAACGACGUCAGCAUCGAGGCUGUGUAGCUCACACAUACCCAAGAUUUACUGUGUUAACUGGCUGAUUUCUAACCUCGCUUGCACUGUCUCCAUAGCUAAAGUCAUUAUUCCAGCAUUUAACUACACGUUUUACUUCAGCCACGUGGUGUUUGUUGUUUGGUCUUAUGUGCACCUGAUCAGAACAUGCAAAACCUCCAGAGAGAACAGAAAGAAAUUCAUGCAGACAUGCGUACCGCCUUUGUUCAGUCUGAUAGUUGUUGUUGGAUCUUUGCUUUUUGAUUUGUUAUACAUGCGUUUUGGCAGAAAAAGCUUAUCACAAGGCAUUCAGAAUUUCAUGGCGAUGGAGUUCCUCGUCAUUCCACCAAUUGUCAACCCCCUCAUGUACGGUUUGAAACUGACAAAAAUAAGACAAAGAAUUGUACAUUUUAUAUGCAGUAAAAAGUAG